AGAAGAAGUAAGAAAGCAUAAGCAAAACCAGAGGAGAGAAAGAAAAUGGCGGCAAUAGUAUGUUAUGGUCCUCUAAUCGACCUCUCUAAAGCAGCAGGUCACAUCGACGAGUACGUCCAACUCCUCGUUUUUGUUCACAAUAUCACCCCAAUUCAGUACAAGCUAUGGAGGAGAAAAGGUGGAGCAGAGGUCAUAAGGACCGACAUACAGGUGGCUGACGAUACCCGUCCAUUUUUUCCUGUUACAAUAUGGAACAAGCAAUUGGCCUCCACAUUGGUUGCUGGAGAUAUCGUUUUGCUUCAAAAUGUUAAGAUUACAAGAGUUAGCGGAUUAAUUGAGGCUAGAACUGUACAUUGCUCAACUUUGCAAUGUAUAGUCCAUUCAUACAAGUCAAUUGCUUCUAAAGGUGUGGACGAUCUGAUGCGCAGUUGUCGAAUUGGUACGGCAUCAAAGGAUAAGCUUCAGAAAAUUGUUACAUUGCUGCAGCAGGGAGCUGCUGUUGAAUUGAAAAACCAUCAAGCAUCUAUUAAUUGGAAAGUGCAUGAAGAGACGAAAUCUCAGGAUUGCAUCUCUCUUAAAUAUUUAUCUGAUCUUCCUGAUUCCUGCAAGACAACCAUAUAUGCAUCUGUUGGUGAAUUAUUUCUGCCAAUUACCUGGAGACAUCUUCCUGAAUCUGAUGUUGGAAGCAUGUUCAUUAGCAAGAGGCUAUAUGUACACUCAGAUUGCAAUGUGGCUGAUGAUCUGAUUACUGCUGGCUGCCAUCUAUGCGGUACUCCUUUGAGUGAUGAAUCUAGUUCAGGCAGUAUUAAAAAUGCCUCAUCACUCUAUUGUCAGGAGAGCUCCAAUCACCUUCAUGCAGUGAGCAUGAUCUAUCGACCUUUCAUGCUAUAUGUGUGGGAUGAUUCAAUGUAUGUUCCACUUCUUGUUAAAAACAAGGCAGCUGAAAUGUUGUUUGGAAACAUCAGAGCUGAAGAUGUGUUCUCUUGUUACAAAAGGCAGGAUAGAACCAAUCAUGCUUCAAAUUUAGUCUCCAGAAAGCAGGGCAUGGCUGAAAGUACGGUGCUUAAACAUAGUGUUGCUGGGGAAGGUGUUUCAGUCACUGACACAUCACGCGCCAAUGAGGGCAAGGAAUUGAAAGAAAAAAAUAAAUUUGAUGUAAGACCAAAUUUCUAUUUGGUUUGGUUAAUUUUGUUGAAGUUGCUACUGCAACAGGAGAAUAACAGUCCUUUGAAAUUGAAAGUUACUAUUAAUGCAACAAGAGAUUGCGAAUGUGGGAGGUACGAGAUGAUCUCUGUUUCUCUGCCGUCCUUUAUAUCUGAUGUCAAUCAAGUAUAGGAGUUCUUUUUAUCUAUAAAUGUUUCAAUUAUCAAUGUUCUCAGAAGAAUUCAUGUGUUUUUCAUAAACUCAUAAUUGGGAAUUCUUUUUCUGGA